AUGUUUAAACUCCCUUCCUCGUCUCUAACCUUAAGAUGUCUUUUGCCUUUCAAACCACCCUUUGUUCGAAAUACGCUAGCUCGGCGUUACAUGGCUUCAAGUACCUCUGUUCUAUAUAACUGGGAAGACCCUUUAUCUUUGGAAACACAACUCACUGAAGAGGAGAAAGCCAUUAGAGAUACAGCACGAGAGUAUUGUCAGAAGAAGCUUUUCCCUCGUGUGUUAGAAGCAUAUCGUAAUGAAGAAUUUGAUCGAAAGAUACUUUAUGAAAUGGGGGAGAUCGGUUUAUUGGGUGCUACAAUAAAAGGGUAUGGCUGUGCUGGUACGUCUUCAGCUGGGUAUGGUCUUAUUGCACGUGAAGUUGAGAGAGUUGAUAGUGGUUAUCGCUCCGCUAUGAGUGUUCAAUCUUCUUUAGUGAUGCAUCCUAUUGAUGCAUUUGGCACAGAAGCUCAAAAAGAAAAAUAUUUACCUAAACUUGCAAAAGGAGAACUAGUUGGUUGUUUUGGUUUGAGUGAACCUGAUCAUGGAUCAGAUCCGUCUGGAAUGACGACUACUGCACGAAAAGAAAAUGGCGUCUAUAUUCUACAUGGAACAAAAACAUGGAUCACAAAUUCGCCAAUUGCAGACGUAUUUAUAGUCUGGGCGAAAACAAAAGAAGAUAAUAAAAUACGUGGUUUCAUAUUAGAAAAGGGAAUGAAAGGUUUAUGGACUCCCGUGAUAAAAGGAAAGUUAUCACUUCGUGCCUCUAUCACUGGAAUGAUUAUGAUGGAUAAUGUAGAGGUACCAGAAGAGAAUUUGCUUCCUAAUGUUCAUGGGCUUAAGGGACCAUUUAGUUGUUUAAAUGGUGCUCGAUUAGGAAUUUCGUGGGGGGUGCUUGGAGCUGCAGAAUUUUGUUUAGCACAAGCACGUGAUUAUGCGCUUAACCGAUAUCAGUUUGGUGCGCCGAUAGCUAAAUUUCAAUUAAUCCAGAAAAAAUUUGCUGAUGCAAAUACGGAGAUAGCUAUUGGUAUGCAAGCUGUCCUACGAGUUAGUCAAUUGAAGGAUCAGGGAAAAGCUGCAUCGGAAAUGAUCUCACUUAUAAAGCGUAAUUCAUGCGGAAAAGCUUUAGAUAUUGCUCGGUCUAUGAGGGAUAUACUGGGUGGAAAUGGAAUUAGCGAUGAAUAUCACAUUAUGCGUCAUGAGCAAAAUUUGUGUACUACGAAUACUUAUGAAG